AUGGCAGCCCCAACCUUCCGAAACCUCCCGCCCGCCGAGUGCGCCGCCGCACUCUGCACCGCCGACGGGCCCUUUGCCGUGUCCGAGCAAGUCAUCAAUGGCCACCGCCAACGCGUAUGGACACACCAGGUCGCGACUUUCCGCCAGCUCAUCAUGGAACGGAUGCAGGCGAAUGCGGCCAACCCAUUCCUCUCGUCACCUGUGCCCGACCCCGAGCCGUUCCACGCCCGCGAGGCGCUCACGCAUGGCGAGACGCUCGAGAGGGCCAUUAGGAUCGCAGCGAUUCUGCGUGAUCAUGGCGUCGGGGUUGGGUCGCGAGUCGCGGUCGGAGGGACGAAUUGCACGGGAUGGGUCCUUGCCUUCAUCGCGCUGCACCUCCUCGGCGCCGUCCCCGUCCUCCUCAACAACGGACUGCACGUCGACGCGUCAGUACACUGCCUCGCGCUCGUCAAGCCCGAGCUCGUGAUCGUCGACGACGCGAUGGCAAACCAGCUCGGUCCGAUCGCGAGCACACUAAAGGACAAGGGCGUUGGUCCGGUGUGGUGCUGGACCUCGUUGGGACAUUUGUCAUCUGCCGCACGGGCAAACGUGACGGAACUCUCCAAACUCCAGCCGACAGCGGGCGCCCUCGCACAAGUCAAGGACGGUGCGUUCGCCUCCUCGGUCAACCCCGAAUCCGACGGCAUCAUCUACUUCACCUCGGGCACGACGAGCAUGCCCAAGGGUGUCCUCGUAACCCAGCGACAGGCGCUACACAUUGUCAUCUCGGCGCAGUACAUCCCGGCCCGCAUGGCGAUGCGUAUGGGCGCGUCUCCAAAGGAAGCGACAGCGCUCGCAACAGCCCCAAAGCCCGACGGGGUGGCACUCCUCUCCAUCCCCCUCUUCCACGUACAGGGUAACUUGAACUGGCUGGUCGGCGCCAUUGCCGAGGGUUCGAAACUCGUCUUCCUCCGUCGCUGGUCUGUGCCCGACGCCAUCAAAAUCAUGGUGUCCGAGAAGGUUGGCAAGAUCGGCGGCGUCCCUGCGAUUGCCACUUCUGUGCUCCAGUCCCCUCUCCUUCCCAAGGACUUUGAACUUGCGCAGAGCGCUUUCGGAGGUGCAUCGCCCCCGUCUCGUCUCCCCGGUGAUCUGGUUAAGCGCUGGCCUAACCUCCUCGUUGCGACUGGAUGGGGAAUGACCGAAACUAACUCGACAACCACGGGCUCGUGUGGGAUGGAGUAUGUCAACAAGCCCCUCGCGUGCGGCGCGGCAAUCCCCAUCGCCGACCUCAAGAUUGUCGAUCCCAUUACGCGCAAGGAGAUGCCUGCAGGUCAGGCAGGCGUGCUCCUCUCCCGCGGCUCGAGCAUGAUGAAGGAGUACGUCAACAAUCCCAAAGCGACCGCCGAGACGAUCGACGCAGAUGGAUGGCUCGACACGGGCGACAUUGCCUACAUUGAUGCCGAGGGGGACUUGCAUAUCGCCGACCGGGCCAAGGACAUUAUCAUCCGCGGUGGCGAGAACAUCCCCUCUGCGGAGGUUGAGCGCGCCCUCGCCCAGGACGACAGGGUACAGGAAGCGUGUGCUGUUCCAGUUCCCCAUGCUGUACUGGGCGAGUGUGUGGGUGUGGCCGUCUCCCUCGCUCCAGGUGCCAUGGCUACGCCGGAGAGUAUCGCCGACGCCGUCUUCCCGCGCUUGCGGUAUCCCGCGCGCCCGGCUGUCGUCGUGGUUAGUCCGAAGGCGUUACCGUGGAAUGCGAGCCAGAAAAUCCUCAAGAGCGAGGUUAAGAAGAUGGUCCUUGAGGCGUGGGAGGCGCAGGGCCGUAAGCCCAUGGUCGACCCGACCAAGGCGCGCUUGUAG